AUGAAUCAGACAUCACUACCCAUAAUUCCAGAGACCAAAACAGGAAGAAAGGGAUGUCUUUAGUAAGCCUGCUUAUCGGUGAGAGUGAAAUAAGAAAUUAUUUGCGUUAAUACCUGAAAGAAGAAAAACUGCAAGUGGCCAACCAUGUCUUUCAAAAGGGAGGGUAAUGAUCAAAGUCAGCUAAAUGUAUUGAAGAAACGACGCGUUGCAGAUCUUCUGUCGAACUUCAUCCCAGAUGAUGAAGCCACUCUGAUGAAAAACGGAAGAUAUAGCUGCCUUGUGUGUUCUCACCGUCCUGUGUUUGACACUGUUGAUAUGCUCAUGGUGCACAGGAAGGGAAAGAGACACCUCGAAGGAAUGAAAUGGUUCUAUGGCAAAAAGAAUCAACUUAAACAUGAAAUUGAUAAAAGGCGACAUCAAGAUUAUGUGAAAGCAGAAGAUGAGCGACAGGAACCCUCCAGUUCAGCUCCUCUACUAAGUGAAACACGUAAAAUUACCCAUCAUGCCCUACUCAGAACUGCUCCCUACAGUAGCUGCCACAGAAAGGCCAGUGAACGAUUGGAAUCAUCAGGAUGUGGCCAAGAAGACAAAAAAGAUCAAAUCAACAAUAUCAACUCCUCAACUCAUUUGUCCAUUAGGACAGGAAGUAUUGACUCCAUAUCAACAAGUAGCACAACAGUGCAUCAGGAACAGACUCAAGGGAAAGAAGAGAAAAAGAAGGGGAAGAAGGGAUCCAGUAUUGAGUGUGAGCCUAUAACAGAGCAGAGACGCAAAGAACUGGAACACUACCUCAAAUUAAAAAGUUCGGGAUGGCUGCAGGACAGAAGUGGUAAAUGGGUUAAAGAUGAGAACGCUGAGUUCGACUCUGAUGAAGAAGAACCGGAUCAGUUACCUCCUAGCAGUGAAUCUUCAUAGCAGACUCCAUACUGUUCAGCAACUGCCAGUGCUUCAGGAUGCAUUUAAACUGAACUGCAUAGGAGAUGAUAUUGUCUUGAUAGGCACAGCUCUCACAUGACACCUUUUAUGUCCAUGUCUCUGUGACAUACUUUAUAUACAAUAAGGUGAAAACUUCAAGACAUCCUUUCUGGAAAAGAGUUUGCAAAUUGUAUUAGUACCAUGUACUACUUGGCAUCUUGUUGAAACAGUUUCUGAACUAACAUUGUCAUAUUUAUAUGUGAAUAAAGUGAGGAGGUUGUGACCUCAUUGUGUUGAA